AUGUUGGAAAGCCGGCUUUUUUAUUCAAGCAAGGCUAUGUCGACAACGAGAGAGAAGCGUGUCCCUGAUUCAUUCUCUUCUCGAUUUACUAAAUCACGCAGGGCUGCUCCUUCAGCUACUUUACCCAGCGCAGAUUCUGAUAAAACGGAUGGAGUUGGUAAAAACAGGAGCAACUCUGCUCGUACUGCGACACACAACGGUGAUAAGCAAAAGAUACCCUUGACAUCAUCUGAUAAACCACGAGGAAGAUACAGCUCUCAACAUAAAGCCGUUAAUAAAACAAAGUCCUCAGUGUCGCCGUCAAGACAGCGCUCAUCAGGUUUGCGUGUUGAUGGAAAUCGGUUCACCCAACAUGAGAGGAAGCACGAGGAUCGAUCUGCUAUUUUAGCUGAGAAGUCUGAUAAAAACAAAAGCAGUUCGGAACUGCAUAAACUGCUUUGUGAGCAUAAUAACCUUAGGAAAAACUACGCUUUUCAGCGUAGCAAAACUGCAUAUGACUCUUUUUGCUCACUAUGCCUUAAAGUGUUAAGUGAAACGGAUCUCUUGCAGCGAUUGUGUGCUAGGCCUGACAUGGAUGAAAACAAUGAUGAAGGUCAAAGUGGCGAUAUGGAAGCUACCAAGAUACGUUUUCCUGAAUCUGAGGGAAAUGAAGUCCUUCUGGAAGUAGUUGCGGAAAACUCCGCGUCUUGUACACUCUCUGUACGACUUUCUGCUCAGGCUAUGCAAUGGCUUGGUCGUCCGAUUACGUUGCCUGAUAUAUUUUCCAACGAGCUGAUUCAUGUAUUAUCAGAAACGGUAAUUGCAUCGGUUGAUACUGAUGAUACUCACAAAAAGGCCUCAUAUUCUUCAAUAUUACAAGAAAGAUGGCAGCAGCACUGGCUUCAGAAAAAUCCGAAGGAUUUUAAGCGCAUUUUUGAGUACUGUUUCGGUUUAGAAUCCUUUUCUUCACCGCACUUUAUUCACACCGAUGUGUCGAAUUUGACAGCCGAGGCUCCACGCGCGAGUUUUUCAGGUGAAGAGGCAUCGAGAAGCUCUCUCGUUAAGUCGGAUAACAUUGGUGGCGUAUUUGAUCUGCUGCGGACGAUCACCUUUUUUAAAUGGUCUAAGGACGACACUUUGUUGGCCUCACCCCAGACGAAAGGCCUCAGAACGGUCCAAAGCCAUACUAGUAGCCACGAUAAGGAAAAUAAGGGGUGCCCAGAAGAGUGUGAUCCACCUGAUAGUUUCUUGUCCUCGCAUAUCAUGGUUAUGCGUGCCGCUUUGCGAAGUCUGCGUGCCUACGAUAAGAGAAUGGAGGUACAAAACGGCGAGGCCGCUCAAGCCGAUGACGCUCGUUUUCUUGACUGUCUAGAGGAGCAUUCAAACUUGGUGCAGCAACUGCGGAAACACGCACAGGCGGUUCUGGACGAAAUUCCCAAAGUAGACAUCCUGCCGCAGCCUGUUUUUUCUCCUUCCAGCAGCCCAACCUCCGCAAAUCUGCAUCUUCUGACGGAAGAGAAGGGGGAGACGAAGAGCGAGUGCAAUCAUGCAGCCUUGACCAAAAAAAUUCCUGUCUACCGUAUCCAUGUGAUCGAUGUACUUUUUUCUAUUUUAUUUCGCUACAUGCUUCUUCAAUGGCCAUUUCUCACGGAUGCCCACCAACGUGGUAUGUUGUUUCGCCUCGGAACGUUUCCAUGGUUUGCGGAGGACAUUACUCAAUCUAUGGCGAUGUGGUAUACGUUCUGGGAGACUUGGUCCUGGACUGAUGCUUCUGCGGAUUCACAGACUCUUUUUUCCUCUUCUCAACAUGCAACGCCACGUCAACGGCUCCGCGGCCGGCAACACUUCUCUUCUGAUAAAAAUUUGACAGCCUCUUCCGUUCUAUGUGCUAAAGGGAGUUUUUUCAUGUAUAUGCAAUAUCUGCGCAUGAUAUGUUUGCCCCAUGUGCUGGAUUGGCGCUCCGCCACACUACGUUACGUGUUGGGUCUAUCCUCAAGUUUUAAUGCGGUAUUGAACGCAGAAGAUGGAUCGUCCUUGUCUAAGGUGGGAUCCAAGGGGAAGAGCGAGUUGCGUGCAAAUUGCUUGCCACCGCUUCGGGAUGCUGCAUCUAUUUUUUAUAGUUCCGAAAAUAAACAGCGAUUGGCGUAUGAGCUUAUUUAUCUGCUGAUUAAUUGUCUUAAUUCCACCUUGACCACACCAUCUGGUAACGUGAAUCAAAAAAAUCCGGAAGUGGCUGAGCGCAUUGCGCGCAAUCACAGCAGCUCUGCCUCUUAUUUAUAUCGUGAUUCAGUCAGUACGCUGUUUGUGUAUGUCGCGGACAUGGACCACUUUAUAUCGGAGCGUUUCCAUGAAAAUGUGAUGCACCAGAACAAGUGGGUUAUUUUAUUUUCACAGCCCCCAGAAAGCUCUCCAGAUGAGACCAAUGAAAAGACAUCCGUAUCUGCGGCGGUGCAGAAUUUGCAACAGAAUCUUUUAGCACAAUCGACGCAGCCGUACAUGUUGACCAGACAGCUCCUCCAGGUCGUGCUUCCUUCUGCACAGCCCUGGCCAUUCAUCCCCGCCAAGGGCAUGAAAGUCGUGUGGAAGUCGAUCUUCGGUGCGGUGGCGACUCCCUGCUAUCAAAGUUUUGCAUCUAGAAAGACGGUGGGAGAUGAAGAGGCGGCUGACAAGGCUACUACGGCCACCCUGGAAACGCGCGAAACCGCAUGGCGUCUAGUCUACCCGCUAUUGAACAGCCUCAGUGGUGAGUGGCUUCAACAACUCCUCUGGCCUCGAUUGAUAAACGGCCUAAAGGAGUUAUUUCCCCAGAUUUCAGACUCCACAGGGGCGGGGAAGGUAUGGGAAGGCGAGGCUGGGGCUCAACGUCGACAGACCCCUACGAUAGGGGAGGCAAAGGGCGACGACAUCAUCCUUAAGGACCUCAACCGGCUGCUGCAGCUCGGUUAUUUUGGCGGAUUUCUUCUUAUGGCUUUACGGGAGGAGAAAACGACCGCGGCGAUUGAGGUCGCACCAUCAACAACACCCGCGUCUAGUUCAUCUCCUGAGGGUAAGUACGACGAGUGGGCUCAAACCCUCCGUGUGGAGUUCACUGCUGCUGUGCAUCGGCUGAUCACCCAACAGUUAGGGAAAGGUGUGGAUUUCACUCAUUUCUCGAGACCUCUUUUGACGGGUUGGCUUAUUUCCUCGUCAGACAUGGGGGCAAUUCGCACUUUGCUCGUCAAUCAGGACGCCAACAGCGCUACCUCCUACUCCAGUCUUCAUCGGCUUUUCAGCACUUUUAUAUUCAGUGAGGAGCUCAGUAAUGCGGUCCGGGAGUGGGCACGCAAGUGUGAAUCGCUAGCACAUCACAGAGCGCAGCUGGCGCAUGCAACAGAUCCUGUUCUGACUCAUUGGUAUACAAUACUACACGAGGACAAUAUCGGUCUGAGGCCGCUUAAGCUAAGCUUCCUUGGUCUGUAUCGUGAGCUUUGGGAUUUCAUCAGUACACGUCAGAGAGCAGAAGACAUGGCUAAUAAGAAUAGCAAUGGGAAAGCUAUUCUAUCCAAUGAAACGGACUAUGCAAGUGAAACUCCAAUCGAGCAAGGUAGCACCGAGGCAUAUUGCUUUCCUCGAUUGGGUAUUCAUGAACUACCCAUUAUAUUGCGUGUUGCGAGCACGAUGCAUUCACGGUUGGGACUAAAUUCCUUGAAGUCCUUUUUUGGAAACUUCUUUACGAACUUAACUGGUACCAUAAUUCGACAGCUCCAGCGGCAGCACAUAUUACAGAAGCAAUUGGACACCGAAAAGCAUCAUGGACCGGGAAGAUCACUUUUCACACAGGAUGCCGCAGCUUUAGGGAGUGCAACUUCAGCGCCAUCCAUUAAUGCAUCCGUUUCGACUCUCCAGUCGCGUAUGUUUUUUAUCGAAAACAGCCUAAAGAGUAAUGUGCAGGAUCAGCUGUCGCAACUACCGCUCUCAGCUGUGCUUGACGCGUGGUAUCUAGGCCUCAUCUCGAGGUCGGACAUAGAGGGAGUGCUCUGUGGGAUGUGUCAAAAUGACGCGGAUGAGAUGCGAGGAAAAAAAUCAGAAGAGGGUCAGACUUUAACGGAUGGGCAACAUAAGUCAGUUGGAUGGAUUGAGGACACAAGCCAAUUCAAGCAGGAUUUGCGUUCCAGCAAGCAGGUCCGUCUUGUGGCGGGACUCCUCCUCCUCAGAGAAUACCCUUUCACCGCCACCGGCACCUCGAGUGGCGCGCUGAAUAACCAUAUGAAAAGCACCCAUAAAGGAACUCAAGCUGUCAUGGAUGAUGACACCGAGCGACGCAUGGGAUUGACGACCCUCAUGCAACUUGUUUUGCAUAACCUCGUUGAGCUAGAAUACGAGAACUGCAUCUCUGGGGUUGAAUCAAGACUGCACGAUCUCCAUUCGACUAGUCAAUUGACACCUGCCAUGGGGACUUCUCACAUUCUCGCCACCACGGAGGCGGAGACGGCGGGAGGGGUGUCCAUGGUUGAGUACGCUCAGCAGGUAAGUCGAGUGCAUGCAAUUGCUGCCGCGCUGUUUCUUCAGUAUGGACCCGAUCCGAGCCUGCGUACGGAAAUGCCAUUUUGCUGGCCUCGUCAAGGUUCAUCCUCACAGGGUUGCGAGCUGCCCUCAAAGAAAUCAUCCUGUCAGGCUGGCGAUUUGUCAUGCCAUCGGGAGCAUGUUUUAGAGCUAUACGCGCUAUUUCUACACGCCAUGCACGACGCCAUCCCCGGCCUCGAGCGUGGCAUAUCAGAAGAAUUGCUCCUAUACCUCGUGACCAGCACCUACACAGUGCAGCUCCAUUAUGGCUAUGAGCUACAACACUUAGCUCAGACACACGCAGAGAGAUGCAAUUCUGCCAAUGCAAAUGCUAGGGAUCGCCGUCUCUUUACGUUGUAUCGUUCUAUGGCAUCUGCUUCGUUUCCGCUAGACGAAACAACCAAACCUCAGUUACCCCCCUCAACACCAAUAUUUUCUGUGCUUUCUUUAGUCCAACAGGCUGUGGGGCAGCCCUCUCCAGAAGGUUCUUCUUACCCUCCAGGAAUAUUGGAAGCUUUGUCUAUCACGAUGGAAUGGGGUGCAUACCUUGUUUCGCAGAUUCUUCCUCACACCGAGAAGACGCUUUCGCAACUCAAGCAGAAGGGCAAUACUCCAAAUGUGCGUGCUCUGUGCACUUCGACGGUUGCUUUCUGUGGUCUGGAGGCUAUUGGAUUAACCGUAGAGUGGUGGGCGAAAUUUCCCCUCGAGCAGCUACUCCAGCGUGUGGCAAUUGACCGGGGAGAGAUGCAGCGACACCUUAACUAUUUUCUGAUAACCGUGAUGAGCCACUAUAGAGCGUGUACGGCUCUAGUUCCGGCAGCAUCAUACUUGCGUGGAGGACGUGAUUUUAUGUCUCUCCAGAUGCUUAUCAGAACUUUCAAGGCCAUUCUUCUCGCCUCAGCAGCGUUGGAUCCCUCACAGACGACACAAAAUGAGGAACUCAAUCAACACCGCGAGGCCGAGCCGCGUAAUGAGGUGCUUUCAUCAACACCGGGCGUGUCUAUUGGCGAGCAUUAUGAAGCAGAUCAGUCUGAGGAAUCUACUGUUAAAGGUAUCAUCUAUGAUAAGCGCCUUUACACCCUCUCCUCCCGCUUAUCACCCAACUAUGAUUCAUCGCCUCAAUUGCGCAGUCUUUGGAGCGGUUUAGUGCGCUGUUUGUUUGAGCAUCACACGCUGACGGCCCCGGUGGAGCCCUUUUUGUUAGCCCUUCACAGCGGGGCCUCUGUCGGUUGUGCGGAUACACGAGACUUUGAGCAGCUCCUCGCACAUGUGCUCUUUGCUGACGGCGUUGCCGGUCAAUUGCCUCCGUUAGCGGCGUUGGGGUUGGCAGAGUGGGCUGGGAUUCUUAGCGCCUGCGCGACCUCGGUGUGGAACCGCCCCGCCUACACUCAGGUCCUUUGUGAACCUCUACUUAAUUUUGUGAUAUUGUCUACCCAAGAGCCGUUUGCUGCGUUGCGUGAUUCAUCGCCUUACUGCGUUCUGCGUGAAACCCCGCGAAGGUUGGAUGCCGCGACGUACAGUCUGCAGGGUUCUUUGGAGAAGAUACGGCAGCUGUGCAUCGAGCUAUGUCAUUUUCUAGAGUCAGUCAGCGCUUUGUAUGUAGAGGGGGAUAAGUUUUGGCAAGCGUUUCGCUCCAUGGUUGACGCGUGGGUUGAGGAGAUUCGAGCGUGUAAGCCUAGUGAUGGUGCACCGCAGAGUUCGUCAGCGAUUGUUGUUAUGGGGAACGACGAAAUUAACUUUUGGAUCCAAGAGUGGACGAAAAGCUUCAACUGGUCCGUCAAGACGGCUGGCCACUUUGGUCUAGUGAUCGCCUCAGAAGAUGAAGCAAAUCGGGAAGGUGCCUGCGUCGCCGAAUUGAAAGGAAUGGUUCAGUCUUCAGAUAAUUCUUGA